CUCGGCAUCGCCUCCCUUUUUAACCCCCUCCUCCCCCCAGCUAUAAGUCCCUCCCCUCCCGUCGCCCACCUCAAUCCUAGACGCCACCCAUCCCUACACACACGCCGCAGGCGCGCGCCUCCCGCACAAAGAAAAGGAACGAGGGCCAUGGCGCCGAGAACGUCGGAGAAAACGAUGGCACCGGCGGCGGCCCCGGGGCUCGCGCUCGGCGUCGCCGGCGGCGGCCCGCACUUCCGGGGCGUCAGGAAGCGCCCGUGGGGCCGGUACGCGGCGGAGAUCCGCGACCCGGCCAAGAAGAGCCGCGUGUGGCUCGGCACGUUCGACACGGCCGAGGAGGCCGCGCGGGCCUACGACGCCGCCGCGCGCGAGUACCGCGGCGCCAAGGCCAAGACCAACUUCCCCUACCCUUCGUCUUCCAUGCCCCCGGCCGCCACCGGUGGCAGCCGGAGCGGCGACAGCAGCACCGUCGAGUCCUUCGGCGGCGACGUGCAGGCGCCCAUGCAGGCCAUGCCGCUGCCGCCGUCGCUUGAGCUGGACCUGUUCCACCGCGCGGCGGCAGCGGGCGCCGGCGCCGGCGCCGGCGUGCGAUUCCCGUUCAGCAGCUACCCCGUUACGCACCCCUACUACUACUUCGGCCAGGCCGCGGCCGCCGCGGCGGGGUGCCACAUGCAGUUCAAGCUGCCGGCGACGGUGACCGUGGCGGCCGUGGCUCAGAGCGACUCCGACUCGUCGUCGGUCGUGGACCUGUCGCCGCCGCCGGCCGCCGCCGUGUCGGCGAAGAAGGCCUCCGCGUUCGAUCUCGACCUGAACUGCCCGCCGCCGGCGGAGGCGGAGGCCUAGCCGCCGGAGUUUAGCUGAUGACUGGCACUAGUUUCUUUCUUCCUUCCUUCCUUUCUUUCUUCACCCCGCCCCCCCGUAGAAGAAACUUCGCUGUACGUUUACGCUUAGGCCCUCUCGCUUACCAGAGAGGGAGGACAUUUUUGUAAAUAGUUUUUCCGCCGGGAACCUAAGCUCUAGCUGAUGAUAAAAAAGCUGUAUUGUCAUCCAAGACAGGUCCUCCCGGCGUUGUCAUGGACCGGAUUUAUAUUAAUUAAUUAAGUGUUUUGAUAGUCA